UGUUAUGCAGUUAAAUAUUUCAAAUCAAACUGUCAACAAUGGAAAACAGCUUAAAAAUGAUAAAGAAGAUGGUAGAUCGUCUUUCUCUAAGAAAUUAGAAGACGAAGCUGAAACUGAACGAUGUUUGCAAAUUCAAAGGUUACAAGUAAAAAAAUUGUCUAAUACUCUAAAAGCAACUCAAGAUAGACUAAAGGUUUUAAAAGCAGUCCACGAAGAGAAAAUAGAUGAAUUGAGUCGAGCGAAGGACGAUUUAGAUCAACUUGAAACAGAAUUACAUAAAACCCAAAACGAAUUAGAAAGGACAAAACAGAUGAAUAUAAAUUGGCAAAACACGGCCAUAAACAAAUGCAACCUGAUGCAUGCCAUGUUCACAGAGUGGAAGGAAACACAAGACAACCUUACUACACAGAUCACUUACCCUCCUGUUGGUUACGUAACUGAAACAGAAAGUCACAUUCAUCUCGGACGAGGAGAAUGGCUACCUUAUAAUGCUUACGCGCUUGCAAUAAGUAAUAUUUCGAUGAAAAAUAGAAAAGUUUUGUUCAGAAAUAUUUCUGUCGCUCUUCUGGGUUAUGAUGCUCUUGCUAAAACCACUAUUACUGGCAAAGGAAGUAAUCGUAAUCAAGGAACUAAAGUACCAGAAAGUAAAUUGGACCCAAAGAAACUUUUAGCUAUAAAAGAUAUUUAUCGUCAUUUUUGUAUAACUGAGUUGAGAAUGGACCAGAUUGAUGCUGAAUUGGAAGCUGGAGAAGCUAAUGAAAGAAUUAGAAAAAAAAUUUCUCAAUUGAAAGGAAUUAAAAAUAAACCUAUGAAAUCUGGUCAAAACAUUUUGGGCAAUACUGCAGAAGUUCUAACAGAAAAAGAGGAUGAACAAGAAAUCAGAGGAGGAAUGAUUAAUGAAGAAGAGCGGGUGAUGGAAACAGAGGGUGAUGAAAAAAUGUAUAAUCAAGGAGUGACUGAUGAAUUAGUAGGUGAUUAUAUAGUGGAUGAUGAAGGGAAUGAUAAAGAAGGAAAUGGUGAAGAAGGGAAUGAUGAAGGAGGAAAUGAUGAAGAAGGGAAUGAUGAAGAAGGGAAUGAUGAAGAAAGGAAUGAUGAAGUGAAUGACGUGGGUGAUGAUGAAACAAUGGCUGAUGAAGGAGUUGAUAAUGAAGAAGUAAAUGAUGAUGAUGCAAUGUAUGACGAUGAAGUUGAUAAUGAAGAAGUAGAUGAUGAUGAAGCAAUGGAUGACGAUGUAGUUGAUAAUAAAGAAGUAGAUGAUGAUGAAGCAAUGGAUGACGAUGAAGUUGAUAAUGAAGAAGUAGAUGAUGAUGAAGCAAUGGAUGAUAAAGUUUAUGAGGAGCAAAUCUAUGAUGAUUCAAUUCAAAUAGAUGAUUUUAACUGCUCUGUGGAAAAGGAAAACUAUUGUAAUUGUUGAAAGCAAUCCAGAAAAUGAGUUAGGAAAGAACCCUUUCAUAGCUGUGGACGUCUCUAAAAAUUUGGCAGAAACAACUCUAUUUGAAGAUUUGUUUUCAAAUUUGGAUCCACUUGACAUUCAUGAAGAAAAUAAGAGGGAAGAUAACUCUUAUGAUGCUGGCAGUGAAAGUGACGAAUCACUUUAAAAUCACUUUAAAUGCUUUGAGUUUUCGGGUGAACUGAUUUUGUUACACAUUAAAUGUAAUUAU